CCGUUUUCUUUACCAGAGAACCCCUGAAGAACCAUCAUUUUUGUGUGUAGGUAAACGUCUUAAAAAUGAUGCAAAUCCCCUUUAACGUGUAACAGGUUCUUGGACGCAGUAAGAGGUCUGGAAAGUACAAACAUUUGAAACUCAACUGGGAAACAUACCACGAUUAGGGAUCUUGAUAUGCGUGGGGUUCUAUUAUUACGAUGUCAAGGUUGUAACAAUAGAAGAACCCUCUGUGGUGCUAUAUAGAAUCAUAUCCAACAUAUUCUCCGACAGUCGGAGGGACUAUUUCACAAUGCAAAGCACCAUUUACGCAUGAGAUGGUUAUAAAUAGCACUUAUGGUUCUAAAUAGAACCAUUACCUUUACUGAAGAACCAUAUUUUUAAGUGUGUAACGACAUUUACAAGAAGUAUAGCAUAACAUGGGAAGUCUGAUCUUGAAAAUGUGUGGAUUAAAAGAGGAAGAACCUUCGGACCGAGUCGAGAGAACUGUGGGCUGCGUAGCAAUAACGCAGACAACGGCACAGUUACGCUCAUCCUGACACAAAUUAGGUAUGAGCGAUAUGUGUAUGACCUGAAUUAGCCAGACAUCCAUUAUAAUAAGUCAAAACUGUUAACGAAUUUUAUUGCUAGCAGGCGUUAAACUGCGCGCACACAUCUUGUAUAGUAGCCACGGAAAAGCAUUGCCAAUAGAAUGGGACACUGGAGCAGCUAGAUGGGUAUAAGGCCUCCAGCGCUGGGCUGUGGAGCGGUGGAACCGCGUUCUUUGGACCGAUGGAUCGCCAUCCAGAACGUUUGGGACGAGCAGGAGUGGCGUUUGUGAUCCAGAACUAAUCAUUCAGCAUCCGUACCUGAUCUCACUAAUGCUCUUGUGGCUAAAUGCAAGCAAAUCCUCACAGCAAUGCUAUAACCUCUAGCCUUGCCAGAUGCUGUUACUACAGCGAACAAACCCCGUAUUAUUACCCUUGAUUUCCGAAGAAACUUUUGGACAUUUAGGGCCGGUUUUCCAAACAUGGAUUAAGACUAGUUUUUAACUAAACUACUGUGCAAACAGUGAUUUGCAACUAAAAAGUCUUUCCAGUCUAAGUUUAGGAUUGAUAAAUUGGCCCCUGGCGUCUGUAUAAACUUGACUGGCUAUGCUGCGCUGCUGCGUUCAAAAACGCAGGUUUACAUAUUGCACAUACGCGUAGUUAGGUCCCAGUGCCUGCGCAAAAGCCCCGCUGAAAGUAGUGCCCAACCACACAGUAGGAUUUAGAGCUCAAUACCGUCCAGCUAGUGGUAGCACUGUUUUCCCUUUCUUAUCCAAACGGGGUCUUAAAACGGCGUGUGGGAGCUUUUACUUUACCAGUUUCUGCUUAAAGACUGCUUAUAACGACGGCUACACGAGACAACUGCAGACAGACGCCCAAAUAUUCAUCAGAAGAAGCUCGAUGUAAACAAGAGACCAGCGGCUACAAAGUACACACAGGACAUCAUGGACCCGCCUGUGGACGGGUGGGUCGUCCUGCCUGCAGUCCUGUUCACACUGUUCGCUGUGAUCGUAGCAACUGUUGUGUUGAGGAAAAACGAGCGUCCUGCACCCUCGACAUCCACCCCGAAGAGCAGAGACGUUUCGGAGAACACACACGAGGAAUGUGAGCUGUCGAGGCCGCUAGAGGCGCUCGGACACAGCAGAGGAGAGAGAGAGAUAAACACCGAGCGCUCACAGAACCAUGUAUAUUGUCAGGAACAGCUCUCAAGCAAAGGCAAUGAAUCACAGUCCGCAGCUCACACAGACCGGGACCUUGAUGAGAAGCCUUAUAAAUCACAGCAAACGUUUGUUGGCAAUAAAUGUGAAACUGCUGUUGCAGGGAGUGAUGAGUCUGCGAGCUUUCCCUCAGUCAAAAAAAGAGUUCAUGAGGAGAAGCCCCUGAAGUACAUGCCUGGAAUGCUGCGAACAAGCCAGCUUGAGAAGAUGAUGAGUAAAGAAGAGCUGGAGGAGGAACGGAGAGUUCAACAGGAGCAGUUAGCCGCUAUCUUCAAGCUGCUAAAGGAAAACCAGGAUACAUUUGGUGAGGUGACGGAGAAAGACAUGGAGGAACAGCUCAAGCUUUACUCCAUCUGAAAAAGACUGGACUGAACUUGCAGCAAGAAGGGACAGGAGAGAAGGGACGUACGCCAUGCCGGGUUAACCCUAAAUAAUCAGUGUCACUGCUCAAAAAUGAGGAAAAAUCGAUCGAAUACUUGAAAAUGAUUCCAUCUGUCAUGAUUUUGAACAUGAACCACAACUGCAAAAUUCUAAAGGCCAUUGUAUUUAGACGAGUUUAUUUCAGCUUCAAGCUGUUCUACAGCAUUUUUUAUGCAACUUGUUUUCCAACUUUACUUACAUUUUUGUUUGUUUUGAUAGAUUGUUAGAUCCUUAGCUCUGAUUGUAUAUUAAGGGAACACUCCAGCCAAAAUGAAAAAUGUAUCUUUUGCUACAUCUGUUGUAAAUAUGCCAACUCGCAUUCUACAGUGGUGCCACAGUAGUCUCUAGUGUGAGAUUUUCUGGUUUUAAAAAAAUGUCUCUUGAAGGCAGGAAGAAAAAUUAAAAACACCUGCUAUUGCUUUGGGGUGGAUUUUUGUGAGAAAUGUCUUUUUUCCCCCCCAAGCUGAUGAAUGUAAGGAAGACCACUAACAUUACUGCUAGAAGCCAAAUAUCCUCUUGCAGCCAUGUAACUUCUUCAAAUUGUUAUUAUAAUAGAGACAAUGAAUAUACUCAAAUGACAGGAAUGGCUUGUCAUUUGAAGAGGACGUAACGUUAAAAGCUAAGGUCAGCAAGGUAGGUACCUGGAUAUCUAGAUAUCUUUCCUCAGUUUGACUUCCUUUCUCUGGCUGAAAGGGUGAAAACUCUGGUGUCUUACUUUGUGCUGCAUAUAUAUAGAAUUGACAACUGAGGUAUGUUUUACACCAAAGCUAGCUUGGCUGUAUUUGUUAGCUUGUAGAUCAGUGGCUAGGCUAGCAGUCAGGAUUGGUUUACACAAGGAUUUCCAAUGGUUGUAUGAUGUAUUUGUGUAAUUUAUGCUGUACUGUAUUGAAGGAAUAGUGAUGAAUGAUUGAUGAAACGAUAUAAAACACAAAUGGACGAGGCUGAGGAAUCCAAUUUUGUGCUACAGAGUAACAUGACAAUUAACAUAUUAAACUCUAUGUUUAGGGCAGAAUGCCCCUUAAAGUUAUUGCAGUAGUCUACAAGGAAUAAACAAAGCAACAAACAAAAACACUGCAGAGGAAGCUUUUACACAGUCCGUCCUGAUACAAAAGUAUUAACAAUGUUCACAACAUUUAUCUGCAGUAAUUCCUAAAUAUGAGUGAUACAUUAUGCAUAAAUCUGCAACAUAAAUAGUCUUUGUUGAGUUUGAACAGCAAUUUCAAUGGACUCCAAAUAAAGAAUUUGUCAACUUUG